GCGAAAAGUCACGAAACCAUCAACAAAAGAAACUUCGUAAUUUAUGUAAAAUUGUUCACGGUCUGGUUUUCUGUUUUUGUACUUAAUUUUAUGCAAUCUUCCCCACCAAAAUCAUGAAAAGUGUUAGGAAAAUGUUCAGUGUUUGAAAUCAGGUUGCGUUCCAUUCAAAGACGCCCGAAAUGAAUGAGUCCACGAGUGCCAACGACGAAUCGGCGGGCACGUCCCGCGGAUUUCUCAACGCGACCAGCUACUCGCUGAACGAGAGCGAACUGCUGGGCGAUGAAAGCGUCCUGCAGCUGAUGGACGCACGCUUUUCGCAGCUGGUGGACGGCAUGCAGCUGCGGAAGAACGAUCGCUACGCUGGGUUCGACAACAACGCCGGAGACAACUGGAUCUAUCCGACGAACUACCCGGUCCGGAAGUACCAGUUCUCGAUCGUGCAGGCAGCUCUGUUCAAAAAUACGCUGGUAGUGCUGCCGACCGGGCUGGGCAAGACGUUUAUCGCGGCGGUGGUGAUGUACAACAUUUACCGGUGGUAUCCGACGGGGAAGGUGAUUUUUAUGGCCCCGACCAGACCGCUGGUCAACCAGCAGAUCGAAGCGUGCUACAAGAUUAUGGGAAUUCCGAAGGAGGACACGGCGGAGAUGACGGGCAGACAGCAGAAAAAGAAUCGGACCGGGCUGUGGCAGAGCAAGCGGGUUUUCUACGUCACGCCCCAGGUGGUUCUGGCGGAUAUCAAUUCGCCGGAGCAGAACUUCCCGGUGGACGGGGUAAAGCUGGUGGUGGUGGAUGAGGCACACAAGGCGAAAGGUCGGUAUGCUUAUACGGAAGUGAUAAAGGCGAUAGCAACUACGAAUAGGAAUUUUCGGGUUUUGGCCCUGUCGGCGACGCCGGGUCGAACACUGGAGGACGUGGCGGAGGUCAUAAAAAAUCUUCUGAUUUCGCACAUCGAAGUACGGUGGGAGAAUUCGAUCGACGUGUCGCCGUACACGUUCAAGAAGAACAUUCGCACGGUGGUGAUUCCGCUGGGGCCCAAGUUGACGCGGAUAAAGGAGGAGUACAUUCAGAUCGUGGAUCCGUACGUGAGGAGGUUGAUGGAUGCGAACGUGCUUUCGGGACGGCUCGGUUCGCUCAGCCGAGGGUCGUUGAUAAUGCAGCAAAAGCAGUUCCGGGAGAACAAUAUGAUCCAGCGGCAUCCGAACUACUCGGCCAUCAAUUCGGACUUUAUCACGUGCGUCAGCAUGUACCACGCGUUGGAACUGCUGGUCCAGCAUGGGGUGCGAUCGUUUUUGAACUUUUUCGAAGACGAACACAACCGGACCGAGGAGAAGUACUUCGUGGCGAAGGAUGCCCGGUUGAAGGCUUUCCUGGACGAACUGCGGGAAGAAUACGGGAGGAAUCCGUUGGCGAUAUUUUUCACAGCGCUCACAGAGGGUGGUGCUGUGGCUAAAAAAGAAGAGACGAACGAUGUGAUCGAUUUUGGGCAUCCGAAGUUUGCCAUUCUGGAGCGCAACCUGAAGGAGCAUUUUCAGAACAACCCGGACUCGAAAGUGAUAAUUUUUAGCGAGUAUCGCGAUUCGGUGGCCAUGAUCCAUCGGCUGUUGCUGCAGAACCGGCCGCUUAUCAAGCCGAAGUGUAUCGUUGGUCAGGGUGGAACCAGCGGAGGGUUGCGUGCUGUCACGCAGAAAGAGCAAAUUGCCGCCAUGAAGGACUUCCGGACGGGUGCGUGCAACACCUUGAUCGCGACUUGCGUCGCCGAGGAAGGCAUCGACGUGGGCGAAGUUGAUCUAAUUGUGUGCUUCGACAUCACCAAGAAUCCGACGCGGUUUGUGCAGCGCAUCGGACGGACCGGGCGACAACGGGUCGGAAAGGUGCUGAUGUUGGUCACGGAGGGGAAAGAGCAUACCACCCUGAAGGAUGUUCUGGCUUCGAAGGAUAAAACGAACCAGAAGCUGUCGCGAAGUAAAGAGAUUCAUGCGAUUUUGUAUCGACAUUCGCCUCGGCUUGUUCCGACGGAGUUCGAUCCGAAAUGUGUGGAGACGUUUAUUAAGAUACCGGAGGAAGCUGAGGAAGUGAAAAAUGUCAAGCCCAAGAGAGGGCAGAAAAGAAAAUCCGACGAUAAUCGGAACGAUAAUGAAGCAGGUGAAGCUUCAGCACAGCGUGAAACUCGAAAAAAGCGGAAGAAAAACGACGCUCCAAGUGGAACUCAAGAUGUGCGGAACUUUUUCCGAAAAGUCGACACGGAUCUUGACGCGACAGAGCGGGAAGUUUUUUCAAGUUCGCCGAGGAAGGAAGACGUCUCGGUUAAUUCUUUGGAUACGUCUCGAGGAAGCUUUCGGGCCCCGCAGGAUGCGUCACUAAGGUUGGGAAAAACCGAACAAGAACAGGAACUGGAAAAGCUCAUCAAGCCACUCCUUCGACACAAAGCAAGGCUUGGCAGGGAGCGGUACUUGAACGAUCGAAAGGAAAUAGAAGAUCACGGCGAGCCAAUUAGCAAAUCCAUUGUUUGUCCAAAUCCUUUGAAGAAGUUUUUUAUGGAGACAGACAUUGAAUAUCUGAAGGACGUGAUGAAGAAAAGUGAAAUUCUAAACGCCGUUGGUGGAGACAGCGAACAGGAUGAUCUCGUGAUAUUAGACGAUCGAGGAGAUUGUUUGAAGUCGGAAAUGAAAUUCAUAGAAAAUUUGUUUGACGGUCGAACAUCACUGAAAGAUCGAGUUUCAGAAAUUGAAGAAUAUCGCUCCGCUGUUGAUCGACUACGGCCUCCUCAAAGUGGCGCAAACGCUGACCAAGUGGAAGUCACCGACGACCAAGUAACGCGAUUUAACGACAUCUUCGCUAGAUUUUCAACACACAACAUCAAAACGAACGUUUCCAAUUACCUUCCCAGUCACGAGCCCUCCAACUCUCCAUCCAUUCCAGAAGCUCUCUACGACCCCACAACUUCAAAUCUGUUCGAUUCACAAAACUUUCUUCCACCUUUCGUGGAAGCGGAAGAAUCGCGCUACCGACCAAACCCCGUGGAUCCUCCCGAACCACCACCCCCUCCGGACAUAGAAACUCCAAUCAAUCACAACAAAGCCAAAUCCAGAACCGCCAAAACAAUCAAAAGCGAAAAGCAGCGCACUCCCGCCGACUACAACAACAGCCCCCUGUUAAGAGCGUUCAAUCGUUCGAUACAGAAAGCGAAGAAUUCGGACUACGCUUCGCCGCUGACCAGCCGGCCCAAGGAGCUUGGUUUCCGUAUGGUGUUGGAAUACUUCGGACUCGGCAGCCUGGAUCAGUUGUUCGAUGAACCAGCGGAGAAGCCGCCCUCGAAGGUUGGAAAGAAAUUCCUUGACCGCUUGCAGACGGUCGCGGAAGUCGAAGAAUCGAUUCCGAAUGACGGUCGAAAACCAGUUGAGGAUCGAGUAUCCAAAAUGCCCGAAAAGGAGCUGUCAACUGACGCGUUGGACAGAGCGGAACCGACAGUGCUAGAGACGUCUGUAACGCAGCAAAUCGCGGAAUUGAGCAAAAACCUGUUCAAUCCAAAAGAGCUGGAGAUGAAAAUGCAGCAGGACGACAAUCCUCAGACGGUUAAGACGAGUGGAGAAAAAGAACUGGACCUAUUCGAUGAGGACUUCUUGGGAGCCGACUUUUCGGCCAUGGCUCGCGCUGACAAACCAGAGAAAAGUCAGAUUCCUAUCGAAGACUUCCUACGAGACAACUUUCCUGAGGACGAAACUCAAGCGAUUCCGUGUUCCACGUCAUCCGUCCGUAGUUUACCGAGUAGCGAGUUGUUCCCAUUGAGCGCAGGCGCUCGUCGGAAUAAGGAACUAGAUCUGGACAUCGGCGGUUGCUUGGAGGAUCUCAAGGAAGAUUCCGAAAGCGAAGAAGUCGUGCCGAAUUCUCAGACACCACCCAAUUCGAAAAGCCAACCUAAGCCAUCCCAGUUCAAAAACCUAGACGUUGGAAACCUGGAAGACCUAUUGGCAGACAGUGAUGACGACCUGUUUGGUACCAGUUAUGCCUUGAAAAAAUCCAACGAUAACUCGAAUAAAACCGAAGAAUACGAUCUGGAGGACGCUCUCGCCAGUGUGACCUCCCAGAAGGAAAACAUUCCGUUGCCAACGACGCCCACCUCACACAAGAAAUCCACCCCCACGAAACCCCAGGAAUCACCCCAAUUCGUGGAACGAUCACCGUCUCUCCUGCGCAAGAAGCUGAAUUUCACCCGGCUGCGUCUCAGUCGGACCAACGACAUCGGCAAACUGGAGGUGAACUCCGCUCCGGUGAUGCAAACCCACUCCGCAACGUCCAAUCGCCAGUCACCGUUCUUUGCCGCCUCCUGCCGGCCAGGAGGGGCAGAAGAACAUAAACCGCAAGGCCAGGCAGCGACCAGCAGUUUUCGUCAGGAAUUGGAGCGCAAAUUUGCAUUCAAGCAGCCGCACGACGAUCGCAUUGGAGCGUCCCAGCAGGAGAUGUCGAUGAUCGUACCCCGGACCAAACGGAAGGCGAUAGUCAGUAGUGAAUCGGAAGAGGAGCCGGCUGUCGAACCUGGGCGAUCAAGUGACGACGAGGAUGACGUGUUUCAGACUGCACGAUCGAAUGUGAAAUCUUCAUCGGAGCUGAUGGGACCACCACCUGCGGUUCUUCGAGAUGCACCUCCAAAGUGGCAGAGACCGCCGUCCAAGCGACGGAAACGGAAGCAACGUUGUGACUUCUUCAUGACCCAAGCUUCGGUGUCCGAUGAUGAUGGCGAUGAGGACGAUGAAGACGAAUCGGAAGAUCCGCACCUCGUGGACGAUUCCAUUAUUCAUCACGGUCCCGUGGAGGACGACGAAGAUCCGGAGGACAUGCGGGCGAAGUACUUGCAGUCGAUCAGGAGUCCCGUCCGACGCCACGGUGCUUUCAAAAUGCCAGCCGCCCCACCUCGGUUCAACAACACGUUGGACAUCUACUCGCAGCCUGUUGAUCGCCUGCGCAAUCAACAGUCCAUGUAUGAAAUGGAUUCGUUCAUCGUCCCGGAAGGUGCCCAUUCCGCAGACGAAGACGAUGACUACGAAGAGGACGAUCAAUUCCGAAGUCAAUCGUCACAGACCACUUCCGAGCUGGACGAACUGGAACAGGCGGAGGCAAUACUGCGGGAACGACGUCGCGCUCGGCGGGCCCAGAAGCAAAUGCCGAAGGCCAAGCGGCGGAGGAAAAUCGAGCAGGAUAGCAGCUCCGACGAGGGGGAAGAACUGAAAGCAUUCCGAAGGGCGAUCCACUCCCUGCAGUCCGAUUAGUGAGUGGAUGGGGGUGAAAAAUAAUCUGUGAAAUUGUGCCAUGUCUUGUAUUGUGCAACGGAUAAAGCCAUUUGUUGAUCGUUGAAUGACCCAGUGGAGACACUAAAUUUGGAUGACAUCGUUGAAUUCGAAAGGAUUUUCUUUGCUUCUACUCCCACGAGAAAAAUCUUCUUUUCGCCAACUAUUUUUAUCUCAUCGCAAUAAGGUUUCUGUCAUUUCUAAUAUAUAUUAUAUCGCAUCAUUCCACGGUACAGUUUCUUUGAUUUCGUUUUCGUAUUUCUUGUCUCUCCUAAUAUAUAAUCCUACGCGCGUUCUUUUUUAUUUAUUUUUUUUUAUUUCUUUUCAUUAUUUUAGGACAAAUCUACAUAUUAUGCGAUUUUUGUUGCGGGGUUGGAAUUAAAU